UCAACCUUAAAACAACUUUUUCAAGAAUUCAUAAAUGGAGAUGACUCAAACUCUCAGCUGGCCACGGUAACGAUGCGAAUAAUGCAGGCUCUUCAAACAAAUUUGGAUGGGAAAUCUAAGCAGUAUAGAGAUCCUGGUCUUACUCACUUGUUUCUUAUGAACAACAUUCAUUAUAUGGUCAGAUCUGUGCGCAGGUUUGUCAUAAAGCACAUAUUUUCAGGUUACUUACUAAAAGAAUCUGCUUCUCUUGUAAUGCAUGGGAAUGCUGGAACUCUUAAUUUUGUUGUUUCUAGGUCUGAAGCCAAGGAUUUGCUAGGGGAUGACUGGGUGCAAAGACACCGGAGGAUUGUGCAGCAGCAUGCCAAUCAGUAUAAGAGGAUCGCUUGGGCAAAGUCCAUAUGUGAAUGUGGUUAA